GGGCCCCGCCCCCGCUCUCCAUAGUUACCGCGCUGUGGAGGCGGCGGCCAUCUUGGCGGCUGAGCGAUGAGCGGGUCUAACCCGAAGGCUGCGGCCGCGGCGUCGGCGGCUGGGCCCGGGGGGCUGGUGGCUGGCAAGGAGGAGAAGAAGAAGGCGGGCGGCGGCGUCCUGAACCGCCUGAAGGCGCGGCGGCAGGCGCCCCACCACGCGGCCGACGACGGCGUCGGGGCAGCGGUCACGGAGCAGGAGCUGCUGGCGCUGGACACCAUCCGGCCCGAGCACGUCCUGCGCCUCAGCCGGGUCACCGAGAAUUAUUUAUGUAAACCCGAAGACAACAUCUACAGUAUUGAUUUCACCCGCUUCAAAAUUCGAGAUUUGGAGACAGGGACAGUACUUUUUGAGAUUGCCAAACCUUGCGUUUCAGACCAGGAGGAGGAUGAGGAGGAGGGAGGUGGAGACGUGGACAUCAGCGCAGGACGUUUUGUCCGCUAUCAGUUCACACCGGCAUUUCUCCGCCUCCGGACAGUCGGGGCUACGGUGGAGUUCACAGUGGGAGACAAACCUGUGUCAAACUUCCGGAUGAUCGAACGGCACUAUUUCCGGGAACACUUGCUGAAAAACUUUGACUUUGAUUUUGGCUUCUGCAUCCCCAGCAGUAGGAACACUUGUGAACAUAUCUAUGAGUUUCCCCAGCUUUCGGAGGAUGUCAUUCGUCUGAUGAUUGAAAAUCCUUACGAGACCCGCUCUGACAGCUUCUACUUUGUUGACAACAAGCUGAUAAUGCACAACAAGGCUGAUUAUGCCUAUAAUGGAGGCCAGUAAGUGCUGCAGGAGUAGAUAGGGGAGGUGCUUUGCCGCGGCCACAAGAUCCUGGCACACGGAGAUGAUCGAAGCUGCAGUUUGUCAACACACAUCUGGAACCUGGCCCCAGGAAGCCAAGGCUGGGGUGGCAGUUUCCUGCGCGCCAAAGGAGCUGCCAAACAGUGCUGUGUUUUCUUCCCCAGUAUUUUUUCUUCCCUUUUUUUCCUGCCCUGUAGGUUGCAGAGGUACUAUAGUAAAGUAAAAGGUUAGGAUAAGGGUCCUGGAAUCCAGAUAAAAAAGUUUAUUUUCCUGUAGUUCUGGCUGCCUGUUGGUUGUCUUGACGACCAGGCAUAGCUGUGCCUGGUGAGAAGGCUCUGGCCAGGACCACCAGCAGGUCAGCAGCUCUUAAGGUUCCUGGGUGCUGUGGGAAGCUGAAAGGUAGGCCUCUUCCAGGUAGCUCCUCCUCUCAACUCCGGCAUUGCCAUCAGCGCAGUCUGCCCUCGAUCUGUGUGAAGUCUUAAACCAACUGGAAGAAACUUGAAAGGGUGGGGAGGGAGGGAGGUGCCAAGAGUGGAGGCACCAAGGAAUGGGUGAUGCUGCCAAGCUGAAGGGUCUGCUUUGUGGAGAGGCUGCUGCUCUGUCUGACUUCCAGGGUCUCAGCCAGCCCUCCUGGGAAUAGACCAAGGUUUCAGCCUGGCAGUGCCUUCUGUUCCCAUUCUGGAGGACAGACAAGCUUGCUCCACAUCUCCUGGCUCCUCCCUUCUGAAUCUCAUGAAAUAGAAUGAGUCAGCUCUGCUCAUGGAACAGUAAUAUCUCUUGAGGCCAGAGCAGGUCUUGUAUUUUGUUUUUUUAUUUCCAGACUUCUUUCGGGGAGGUUUUAUAAAAUGACAGUGGUGUUCCCAGCAUAUGUGAUAUGUGGUUAGACUUCUGAUAGUAUUAAUCCACUUCCUGGGGCUAAUCUGGCUUAUGUUGGGAGGAUAUGCUUACGAAUCAGCAGCAGCUUUCUAAAGGAGAGAUUUGACUUUUCUCUGCACUGCACAGCCUGGAGGAUUGGCUUUUGAUGGGGAUUUGCCUCCGAAGCUCUUUGUACAUUUCUUGUUUAGGAGGGUUUUCCUAUCUACCUUUCUACUGAAGUAGUUUCUGGAACUAUCCUGGUGGAUCAGAGUUAAGUAAUGCAGUCUGAGCCUUCAGACUGCUAGUUAGAAUUGUUUUAGGUGUUCAGAAAGGGCAAAAUAGGCUGAUGUGGCCUGUCAGAGUGAUGUGUUCUCAAAAAAGUUCACUUGCACAUCUGUGGGCUGCUUUUGUCCUCAGACCCUUAGUGGACAGACUCCACAAACCCUCUGAUGAGAUGAUUGAUGUGGCUAGGGUCCAGUUAGCAUCAGUAGAAGGAUGUCACUAGGAAAGGCCCAGGUAUCUGGUAAGUGACUGUGAGGUGUCACAGUACCUGUGACAGGAGAGUGUCCUGAAGUGCUUGGGAGAAAGGCCGUAUGGGGGCCAGGAAUGGAAGAGACAGUGUGUGGCCACAGAAAUUCGUGUCCAUCCACCACCAGUGCUGCUCCCUGUGUGGGCUCUAGGGCAAGUGGCCCCAAACCUUGGCCCAGUGCUUUAUACCAGGCCAGAGUCUUGGCAAUGCCACAUGCUGGCAGCUUUCUCACUGAGAAGGUCCUAGCUUACCCCUGUGUGCUGGCCUUGGAUUCAGCCCCGAGAGAGGGGAGAGACCAUUCCUCCUGUGAAGUGGGUUCCUUAUCACCAGACCGGCCACUCUCAGAACUGGCGUCCACCGUAAAUCCAGGUGCCUUACAUGUGGCUCUGUCCCUUAUGCUGCAGGGGAAAGCUGCAUUGCCAUUGUUCCCACCUCCUCACUGGCAGAAAGAUGCCAGUGCUGUUAGCACUGUCUCAUCACCUUCUGUUUCUCAUUGUGGCUCCUCAAAUGGGAUUUGCAUGUUCCUGUCAAGCUUAACAACAAUCCCUUCUCUCUUUGACAGAGGCCCAGGUGGGACAGUUUCUACUAUUUGAUAUUUGAGUAUUAUCUGGGAUGUGGUUCUGGAGCUGCCCAGAGCUGUGCUUAGUAGAGUGUGUCUUGGAAACAUGCCCCUGGGCACACUGUAUCUGCUGCAUUAGUGGGCUAUCUCUUAUCUGCAGUGUUUGCUUUUGCUAGAAAGAGGAUGUGGAGGAAGGAGGAGGUGGGCAAUCUGGCUUGAGUUGUGCUGUAUCCUCUUCCUUGUUAGCUUGCCUUAGUCUCACUGGAGACCAUUUGCGGAUAGUGCUUGGUCCAUGUCCAGCAGGACAGGGCUUUGCUGCUUCUGAAAGUCUGGUGUUCUGUAUCUGGUGCUGUGGGUUCCUGUGUCUAGCUGCUCAGGAAAUCUUGAGAAGCAUUCCACUCUGGGGUGUAAACCAGUAUGAGUUUAAUAUUCAAGCCUUUGUACCUGAGUUGGGGAGAGAAUUGCAAGGCAUACUUUCUCCGAAAGUAACAGAACCAGUCAGGCUGCCAUGUUAUUAAGGAAUCUGAACUGUUGAUAGCAGUUAUCUUGUGGGUGAUACAAUGGGAGGCGGCAAAAAAACUACCUGCAUAGGGGACCCUGCCCUUUGUCAAGAGCUGGGAGCACAUUUCAUCAGAGUAGCAGGCCCACCUGGUGCCAGAGGGCCUGCCCCUCCUGCUUCUGUUCCUUUGCCUUACAGUCUCCUGGAGAGAGCCUCUCUUUUCCUGUACAGCCUUUGGGACAAAAUGCCCUUCUAGCUUCUCCAAAGAAGAUCCGAGUUUAUUUCAUUCUAUGUUUUAAAAGGUAAAAGGACAUAACAAGUGAAAGAAGUUUUGGGCUAAAGUAGGCUAUGUCUCCUUAUAUAUUAGCUCAAUACUGUUUUGCAGAGAAAACAUUUUUCAAGCAUGUGCUUCCUGAAGACACCUCAGUCUUUGGGCCAUUUGAUUUCCAAUACAUAGGGUGGAAGAAUGUGAUUUGGGGCUGACCAUAAACUGGAAAUUUGUGAAAUGGCAGUGAUUGGGCAAUCUUCAGUUUAUUUUUUCAGUUGAAGUGGAACUCAUUUCUGGAAUGGAUUUAAUAGUCUGUGUCUAAUGUACAAACUGGGUGAGUCCUGCCUUAGUGUGUCCUGCCCCACCGGUACGCUUCCAGGAUACUCUUUUCCCCUCUGUAAAGUCACUUUCUUCUGAUGGCCAGUGUCACUAUGAUGUCAGUGAGGUCUGGGGGUGAGGACAGUGUGUCCUGAAAUUCACAGGACUGACUCCUCACCCCAGUGCACGAGGAUUCCUGUGGUAUCAGGUGCUGCUUUACCUGGUGUAGGAGCCUAAUCAUUGAACCAUUGUGUUACUCACAUUCCAUGUCACAGAACAUGUCAGCCUCAAGAAGGAUUUGGUGGAGGUGGAUUUACCACUGGUUUUACAAAGGACCGUGUAAAGUCAUUGAAGUUGUGAAAGUCUAUUUUUUUCCUGUAAAUCUAUUUUUUACAGAAUAUAAGAAACAUCAAUGACCUGAUCUGUCCUUCCUCCUCCUUCCCGCUUCCCCCAAAAUCACAUUCCAGUUUUUACUGUCUUUGUGUCCAAAGUAAACUAGGUGACUUAUUUGUAUAAAAUGUUAUUUUGCCACAUGAGACAGUAAUAAAAGAAAGAUUUUCACAGUA